AAGGACUAGACAGAACACAGGCCAAGACAAACCUGCUGAUAGCAAUACGUCUCAAGAUACGGUAGAAUCUGUAGAGCCAUCAGGUGCUCAAAUCCAAGAGCCUCAAAAUGUUGGGUUUGGUUUAAACCAACAAACAAAAGCAUAUCUGGAUGCGACAAUUCAAGCCACGGCGGCAUCAAUAGUCCAAAACAUGCGUCAAUACAUGAACCAACAACUUGAAACGCAGAGGGAAUAG